GCUAAUUUAUCCAUGACUGCGUUUUAGCUGGUUCAGUUGCGUCUGAAAAUUUCGUGGGAGCAGAUCAACUCGUCGUAUAUUCCAUUAUUGUAGCGUCCUUUCCACUCUUCACCUUUUCCACCCCAAUUCCAAAUUUACCCCUAAUUUGUUAAAAUGGCAUUGGACUUGAGUGCUCGGGAUAUUGAGAGAGCAAAAUUCGCCUUUUCCAUCUACGACUUUGAGGGUAACGAUACCGUGGAUGCGUUCGACAUGGGGAGCGUCCUUCGUUCCCUCGGCCUCAUCCCGACGCAGAAAUCCGUCGAGAAAUUCGGUGGACAGAAGAAGAAGGGAGUGAAGAAAUUGAAGGUUGAAGAAUUCUUGACCGUCUUCUCGCAAGCCAAGAAGGACAAGGACAUCGGAAACGUGGAGGAUUUCCGAGAAUGUCUCAAACUCUACGACAAAUCAGAAGACGGAACCAUGAUCUUUGACGAGUUGAAGCACAUCUUGGCCUCCAUGGGUGAGAAGUUGGAAUUGGAAGAGGUCGACGAAAUCAUCAAGGAUUGUGCCGUUCCACCAGAUGAGGAUGGAUUUACUCCAUAUGGAAUUUUCUUGGACAAACUGAUGGCCGGACCGUAUAAAGAAGAGGAUUAAACCCUGACUGGACGGAAAUCUGCUAAAAACCAAAACCACCUUUCAAUACCAGUUUGAUAUUCCCUUGAAUUUUGGCUUAAUUUGGACGCAAAAUUUAUUCAUGUAACUUUCACGCACAAAAAAUCUGUAAAACCUUGUUUAUUGGUGAACAACAAAACAGAAAUAAAUUGGACUUUUCAAAACCCUAAAACAGAAUGGAA